AUGGCUAGCACCUCAUAUCGCCCAGUCGUUUCUUUUCCUGAAGAGUUCGAACCAACGUGGCGCAACGCCUUGUUGCAGCAAGACGUCGUCGAGCAAAAUUCUGUCCUCACCAACGUAGUCAUUAUACCCUCGGAAACGAACACCAAACAACCUAAGAAUCCGUCAGACACCAGAAACAAUGCUUUGGGUAGCAAGAAGCGUUCAACUAAGCUCCAGCCCCUGGGUGAGCUACGGAAACGUCGAAAAACCAUUGCAGCUGAAGUGGUGGCCGAGGAGCACCCUGCACCUGGCUCGAUCUUGUCAUCGGCGACGCCUCGUCCCUCAACAGAGAUACGACCUCACAAGGAAAGCGAUGGAUCAACAGUGACGCGAGAUGUCUGCAGUACUUCACCUUCUAAAGCAGCCACAGACGGAUGUCCUGGAUUUGCAGCUGCGUCGCGACCACCGCAUAGACGUUGUGCGGCGACGGAUCUUCCCAGCUUUAUUCGGCCGCUCUCUUGUCGGGCCGGCCAUGAUGAAAUCUCUUAUCUCUCUUCGAAAGGUGCAUUGUGGCUCCCUCCGGCCAAGGAUCUACUGGUGCUUGUCAAGGCAUAUGCCCAUUUUGUGCAUCCUUUCAACCCCUUUCUGGACAUCAAGAAUCUGUUGGAUGUUUGCCACAUACAUGCGAAUCCCUCUGAGGGAGUCACGCAACCCAGAGGCCGCGAUCGUAUCAGUCUACUUACGCUGAACGCGGCCCUGGGAGCAGCAAUCUCGUAUGUUGACACGGCAUGCGUCGAGAGAAUGGAGUUCGCCUCACACACUGCUGCCCGAGACGCGUUUUACAUGCGGGCAAAGUUGCUCUACGACUUGGACUGCGAAAGUGACCCCUUGAGCGUGCAGCAAGCCCUGAUCCUCAUGACGUACUGGGUGGGCAUACCUGCAGCCCAGAAAGACACGUGGCAUUGGCACGGGUUGGCCGUCAACACGCUGGAGUCCAUUAAUCAUCGGGAGCUGACUUCCCCCGGUGCAACCACGCAAGAUCAAUCUCGGAAACUCCAGAGGAGACUGUGGUGGAGCUGCUUCAUCAGGGACGCUUGCCUGGCUCUUGGCCUGAGAUGCGCCCCUCGAAUGAAGUUCGAUGAAUGCACUAUGGCCAUGCUGACUCUAGACGACUUCGAUGAGAUUCCGAUCGGAGUGCACCAGGGCGAAAGCACGGCAACAACCUGCCAGUGCUCUUAUGUUCCCGAGCGAACAUUGGUCGUGGCUUUUGUACAGAUGGCCAAGCUAUGUCUUAUCAUCAACGGUAUUCAAGCUUUCAUCUCAGGCCCCAGCAAGACGAGCUCCAUGGACACGAGCGCAGCGCCGUGUUGCAACGUCGAUCCUGCUACAAGGACGUCUCUUGUCACGAAACUCUUCAGGCAGCGCUUGCAAUCGUGGCUAGCUGACCUCCCUGCCGAGUGCCGGUACAGCUCGGUCGGCCAGGAAGGUCAUGGGGAACAUCAUUUUGAUAGAUUAGAGGCCAGAGUGAAGGUCCAUGUUGUAUUGGUGAAUAUGUUCUACUAUUCUGUGGUUUGCCAUUUGCACUUUCCGCAGCUACUCAAGGAGACCGGCAACGGCAUCGGGCGACUGUUCUGUGAGACCAUGACUACAUCUAUUGCGGUUAACAUGGUUCGUGCUGCCGUUAACGAACUUACCACAUUGGCGGCGAUCGUCAUCUGCGAUGAUUUGGUCGAUCAUCUUCCGGCUGCUUCUUCCUCGGCAUUGAUGCCCGCGAUCGUCGUACAUCUUGCUAGCAUUCAUUCAAAGAGCUUGUCCAAACAACCGAUGACGCUUCAACCCCUGGGGACGUACCUGGGAGUCUUCGCGGGAUUGGUGGCAAAAUAUGAGUCUGCACGGCUCCUGAUGCACCGUUUCAGAGAAAGUCUCGAUGACGCAGGACUCCGACUUGACGACGUUUUGCUCACUGCGCAACGGCAGCUUCAGACCAUGGCAUCCUGUACUCAUCUGGACUCGGCUCCUGCCUGCACUGGAACAGCGCCGUUGACAGAUUUCAUUGGAGACGUUGCGGGAUCAGAGAGACCAUCCCCAGCCACGCGUGGGAGCUCUUCUGGGAUGACUGACCACGACUGCAUCGCUCUGGGACAAACUGACGAUAGCGCACCUCAUAUCGCCUCAUCAACCAAUUUGCCAUCCGUACCUAACUUAGUACCACCUUCGACAUUAGCAGAGCCUCGUGAUAGCUAUGAUUUCCUAACGAUCCCGGACGACAACCUUGUUCCUGCAAUACCAUUGUCGGGCAUUGGGCUGGGAGAUGACAUGAGCGACAACGUGGAACCGCUAUCCCCGUCCUAUUUACUCGAGGCCCUUGACAAGUCAUUGGCGUUGCCGCACUCGCACUCUUCAGCCUUUUCGUUCGAAGAUUUCGAUGAGACUUUCGGCAUCAAUUCUUACACAACCUUUGACGUCCGGUGA